AUGGGUUUGGACUUGGACUGUUCCGAUUCUGAUGAAAAAUAUUUUGUUACUUUAGAAUAUUUGGCAAAUCAGAGACAACCACGAGAAGUAAAACUGUUCAAACACUGCGGCAAUUGUGUCAGUCCACCAUAUAUCAAUUGUGUCAGUCCACCAUAUAUCAGUUGUGUCAGUCCACCAUAUAUCAAUUGUGUCAGUUCACCAUAUAUCAAUUGUGUCAGUCCACCAUAUAUCAAUUGUGUCAGUCCACCAUAUAUCAAUUGUGUCAGUCCACCAUAUAUCAAUUGUGUCAGUCCACCAUAUAUCAAUUGUGUCAGUCCACCAUAUAUCAAUUGUGUCAGUCCACCAUAUAUCAGUUGCGUCAGUCCACCAUAUAUCAAUUGUGUCAGUUCACCAUAUAUCAAUUGUGUCAGUCCACCAUAUAUCAAUUGUGUCAGUCCACCAUAUAUCAAUUGUGUCAGUCCACCAUAUAUCAAUUGUGUCAGUCCACCAUAUAUCAAUUGUGUCAGUCCACCAUAUAUCAAUUGUGUCAGUCCACCAUAUAUCAAUUGUGUCAGUCCACCAUAUAUCAAUUGUGUCAGUCCACCAUAUAUCAGUUGCGUCAGUCCACCAUAUAUCAAUUGUGUCAGUUCACCAUAUAUCAAUUGUGUCAGUCCACCAUAUAUCAAUUGUGUCAGUCCACCAUAUAUCAAUUGUGUCAGUCCACCAUAUAUCAAUUGUGUCAGUCCACCAUAUAUUAAUUGUGUCAGUCCACCAUAUAUCAAUUGUGUCAGUCCACCAUAUAUCAAUUGUGUCAGUUCACCAUAUAUCAAUUGUGUCAGUCCACCAUAUAUCAAUUGUGUCAGUCCACCAUAUAUCAAUUGUGUCAGUCCACCAUAUAUCAAUUGUGUCAGUCCACCAUAUAUCAAUUGUGUCAGUCCACCAUAUAUGUCAAAAAGUAAGGUUAUUACUCAGUUAGCUGUCAAUUGUUGA